CCUCGGUAAAGGAGCGCGGUUCCUGAAGUAAAAUAGGAGCAGAGGGCGCUUCAUCCAGUGUCUGCCUACCCAAUAAAUAUCCUGCAGAUUGCAGAGGGAAACGGCGCGUAUUUGAUUGAUUUCUCCUGUCUGAUCGACGAUUUGUAAGGCUUUUGGAGUGUAAUCUCGGUGUGGCUCCGCCAGCCGUUUAGGAUCUUGCAAACAAACGUUAACUCAAGAAGCGCGCUAUCUGUUAGCUGCGAUGUCGGGUGUUGUGCGAGGCCCUGCUGGGAACAACGACUGCCGAAUUUAUGUGGGAAACCUUCCUCCUGACAUUCGCACAAAGGACGUCGAAGAUGUGUUCUACAAAUACGGGACAAUUCGAGAUAUCGACCUGAAGAACCGGAGAGGGGGGCCGCCUUUCGCCUUCAUUGAAUUCGAAGACCCCAGAGACGCCGAUGAUGCAGUCUAUGGGCGUGAUGGUUAUGACUACGACGGCUAUAGACUGCGUGUGGAGUUUCCUCGGAGCGGCAGGGGCUCAAGAGGCGGCUUCGGUGGGAUCGGUGGAGCUCCCAGAGGCAGAUAUGGGCCCCCGUCCAGGCGCUCCGAGUACAGGGUCAUUGUUUCGGGACUUCCUCAGAGCGGCAGCUGGCAAGACCUGAAGGACCACAUGCGUGAAGCAGGCGACGUGUGCUACGCUGAUGUUUUCAGAGAUGGAACCGGAGUUGUAGAAUUUGUGCGCAAAGAAGACAUGACCUAUGCUGUUCGAAAGCUGGACAACACCAAAUUCCGCUCACAUGAGGGUGAGACUGCUUACAUUCGUGUGAAAUUAGACGGUCCCCGCAGCCCAAGUUACGGAAGAUCACGCUCCCGAAGCCGUGGCAGCCGGAGCAGGAGCCGCAGUCGCAGCGCCAGCCGCAGCCGCAGCAAUUCCCGUGGUCGUGGCAGAGGAUCGCCCCGCUACUCGCCUCGUCACAGCCGCUCUCGCUCCCGUUCCUAAACCUUUCUACCACCGAUGUUUUGCCCUUUUGAUGUAUACCCUCCUGUUUUUACCUCUUAUGAGUUUCUCCAGAUGUCAGCAAUUGAUUUUUAAUUUUCGCAUUUCAUGUCCCGAUGUCCUUGUGGAUGAUCUUGGUAUGUAGAUGUACCCCUCUCCCCUCCUUCACCCUUUUCCCCCACCCUCUCCACUGCUUUGCCCUUUUUUUUGUUGUUUUCUCCCUCUCUCUCCUUCUUUCUGUCCUCUCAAUUUUUGCAACAAUAGAAAUUGUGCCGUGUCGAACUUCAAAAAUGUUGAGUUGUUAUAACCUGCACUCAAUGUUUUUGCAAGUGUGGGAAAAUUGAGUUUUGUUUUUGUUUUGUUUUUUUCGUUUUUUAAAAGCUUCUCUCAUUGGUUAUGUGGGUGGGCUGUUUGGACGGGUAGCCCGAUGCUUAACUGUAUUUUACCCUUGUGUCUUCCUUUAGACAUCUGAAGCGAAGGAUUAAAGUGAUUUGGAAUAAAACCAUUGUGGAGCACAUUUCAUUUGUAUGGUCAGGAUAGGACAUCUAAUUGAGGAGCAAUCAGGUCGAGGCAAUGGUACGCUUCAUAUUCCAUAAAUUGAACGUUUUGAUAGGUUUCCAUAUCAUGCAUGUCAUAUUUAACAAAGCCAUAUGUGCUGUACUUUGUUAUAGAUAAAAUUUUUAACUUGCUACUCUGGCUUGUGACAGAAUAUGCAGUCCUAGAUCAAGUGUUGUGAUGUAAGUGUAACAUCUUUGCUGUCAAAUGUAAGAAAUCUGAGUCACUACUUUGUUGCAAAAGCGUCCCACUUUUUACUUAAAUGUCCUCAUUGGUUAAAAUGUUUAACUUCAGGGAGUGAUAGUUUUUGUGCUCAGUGGCAUUCUGUUUUUUUUUUUUUUCUUUUUUUU